AUGUCUGCUGGCUGGGGCUAUGCAUUUCCCCAUUUCAACCUCCCAACCGGAGGGAAUCUCGGCCACGCGCCUCUAUCGGGUUCUGUUGGCCAAAUAGUCCGCCCAAUGGACCAGCCGACCCUACUGGAAUCUGCCACGGUACCCUCGCGAACUGCUGGCGACGCUCGCAAUCCCGUUGGGAGGUUCAGUCUAUCUGCGCUUUCUCCAUCGCAGCUAGAAAGAGCAUGCUUCACGCCGCAGAGUGCCGUUACUUGCCAGCAAACACCUCGGCCGGCCAGCUCUGGACACUCGGUUGCCGUGGGGGACGCGCCGGCGUCUGAGACCGGACCCUCAAAUGUAACGGAAUAUUCCUCUCCCGCGUUGGAGAGAGCAUUGUCGACCUUAUCGAUCCUUGAGCGUCGAGUCACAAAACAGGAAUCUCGUAUCCAGGAAUUGGAGGAACGGCUUUCACAACCCCCAGAAACGUUACUCUCCGCAGCAAGAUCGACGUUCACGAAUACCAUUUCCUGUGUAGAUCUCCUCGACACCCACAACCAGCUAGAUCCAAGCCCCGUUCUUGACGCACAAAGAAAUGAAGUCAUAAUGAACCUUAUCCAGCUGAAAUCUACACCUACUCCAAGUGAACUCAGCCCUUCGCCUCUUCCCGACUGUCUGGCAGGCUUCGAUGAGAUCUUCGGGCGGGAAUCUCACCCGGGUAUCCAAGAUUCGUCGGCACAGGAGGAUCUCGAGGCUACAGGGACGCUGCUGGGAGGGAUCGGUUCUCCUACACAGCUCACCCACCAUCGACGGAUUGACAGCAGGACUCACCAGGAUUCCAAUAUGCUUCUUGGUAUGGGAGAUAGCCCCCGUGGCAACGAUAUUUCACCCUUGAUCAGCCUAUCCUCCGACAGUGAAAAGCAGGCGUCGGAUUCCUUCCUGCUUCCAGAUCCACUUCCCUGGAACGGAACCAUUUCCUGGACAACAAAGUCUGUAUUCUCAGAUGCUCGGAGCAUUGCUGCGGCGCGUAAAAGCCAAGCACCCGGAAUUUCACCGGCUUUAUUUGAUGACGGCCUAGUCUAUGAGCCUCGUGAAGGGGAUGCCAAUAUAUAUCGAACUGUUGCUAUCCUUGGGCUUCCGGGGAAUAUCGACAUGAAAACUUUUCUCAAGGGAAUACGAGGAGGCGACGUGUAUUCAGCAUACCUGCACAACACAUCACAACUAUCCGGAUCACACAUGGGUAUUGUGACCUUUAACUUCCAGGUUCAUGCUGUUGCAUAUACGGAGUUUGCGGCAAAAAAUGGCGUUUACUUCAACGGUAAACGCGCAAAGGUCGUGCUAUUCAAAACGCCAACAUACCCAAUCCCUCAAAUCAUGGAGCGGAACAUAUUUGAGUUCGGCCAUACCCGUUGCGUGACUAUUCGGGGAGAGUAUGAUCCGGAAAGAUAUACCAUGGUUGCCAAAUUCAUGAAAGACAAUAUCCGGAUGUCCUUUGAUCUAGGUGACCGAAUGGUGGAAAACGACACGGAAACGGAGAUCACAAUCAGGUUUAAUUCAAUUCGGGCCGCUGGUGCCGCGAUGGAGAAGCUGGAAAGGUUUCCCCUUCUUGCUGAAUGCGAUAUGUAUUUCGACCGCGACCCUUGCUCUGAACCCCUUCCCGGGAGUAAGGAAGGGAACUGA